UGCCCCGGGGCGGCCCCCCCACGUCGGGGCGCAGCGGGCGGCGGCGGCGGGAGCGCGUCCCGUCCGGGUCCCGAGGAGCCGCCGCCGCCGCCGCUCGCCAACAUGGCGGACCUAGAGGCCGUGCUGGCCGAUGUCAGCUACUUGAUGGCGAUGGAAAAGAGCAAGGCGACCCCGGCCGCCCGAGCCAGCAAGAGGAUCGUCCUGCCCGAGCCCAGUAUCCGGAGCGUGAUGCAGAAGUAUCUGGCGGAGAGGAAUGAAAUAACCUUUGACAAGAUUUUCAAUCAGAAAAUCGGUUUCUUGCUAUUUAAAGAUUUUUGUUUGAAUGAAAUUAAUGAAGCUGUACCUCAGGUGAAGUUUUAUGAAGAGAUAAAAGAGUAUGAGAAGCUCGAGAGUGAGGAAGAUCGCCUUUGCAGAAGCCGGCAGAUUUACGACACCUACAUCAUGAGGGAGCUGCUGUCUUGUUCACAUCCAUUCUCCAAGCAAGCCGUCGAGCAUGUCCAGAGCCAUCUGUCGAAGAAGCAAGUGACGUCAGCCCUCUUCCAGCCGUACAUAGAGGAGAUCUGUGACAGUCUUCGCGGCAACAUUUUCCAAAAAUUUAUGGAAAGUGACAAGUUCACUAGAUUUUGCCAGUGGAAGAACGUAGAAUUAAAUAUCCACCUGACCAUGAAUGAUUUCAGCGUACACAGGAUCAUCGGCCGGGGAGGCUUCGGUGAAGUGUACGGCUGCAGGAAGGCGGACACUGGGAAGAUGUACGCAAUGAAAUGCUUAGACAAGAAGAGGAUCAAGAUGAAACAAGGCGAGACGUUAGCCUUGAACGAGAGGAUUAUGUUGUCGCUUGUGAGCACAGGAGACUGCCCCUUCAUCGUCUGCAUGACCUACGCCUUCCACACCCCGGACAAGCUCUGCUUCAUCCUGGACCUGAUGAACGGGGGCGACCUGCACUACCACCUCUCCCAGCACGGGGUGUUUUCUGAGAAGGAGAUGCGCUUCUACGCCACCGAGAUCAUCCUGGGGCUGGAGCACAUGCACAGCCGCUUCGUGGUGUACAGAGACCUGAAGCCAGCAAACAUCCUCUUGGACGAAUACGGACACGUUAGGAUAUCGGACCUCGGUCUCGCCUGUGAUUUUUCCAAAAAGAAGCCGCACGCGAGUGUGGGCACCCACGGGUACAUGGCGCCGGAGGUGCUGCAGAAGGGGACGGCGUACGACAGCAGUGCCGACUGGUUCUCCCUGGGCUGCAUGCUGUUCAAGCUUCUCAGAGGGCACAGCCCGUUCAGACAGCAUAAGACCAAGGACAAGCACGAAAUAGACCGGAUGACGCUCACCGUGAAUGUGGAGCUCCCGGACGCCUUCUCCCCGGAGCUGCGGUCCCUGCUGGAGGGCCUGCUGCAGCGGGAAGUCAGUAAGCGGCUCGGCUGCCACGGAGGCGGUGCAGAGGAAGUGAAGGAGCACAGCUUCUUCAAAGGCGUCGACUGGCAGCACGUCUACUUACAAAAGUACCCUCCACCCUUGAUCCCUCCCCGGGGAGAAGUCAAUGCUGCCGACGCCUUUGACAUUGGCUCCUUCGAUGAAGAGGACACCAAGGGCAUCAAGCUUCUGGACUGCGACCAGGAGCUCUACAGGAACUUCCCGCUGGUGAUCUCCGAGCGCUGGCAGCAGGAAGUGGUGGAGACCAUUUAUGAGGCGGUGAACGCAGACACGGAUAAAAUCGAGGCCAGGAAGAGAGCCAAAAAUAAGCAGCUUGGCCACGAAGAAGAUUACGCCCUGGGGAGAGACUGCAUUAUGCACGGGUACAUGCUGAAACUGGGAAACCCGUUCCUGACUCAGUGGCAGCGCCGGUAUUUUUACCUCUUUCCAAACAGGCUCGAAUGGAGAGGAGAGGGCGAGUCUCGGCAAAAUUUGCUGACCAUGGAGCAGAUCGUGUCGGUGGAAGAAACUCAGAUUAAAGACAAAAAGUGCAUUUUGUUGAGGAUAAAAGGAGGGAAGCAGUUUGUCCUGCAGUGUGAGAGCGACCCCGAGUUUGUGCAGUGGAAGAAAGAGCUGACGGAAACGUUCACCGAGGCCCAGCGGGUGCUGCGGCGCGCCCCCAAGUUCCUCAACAGGCCCCGGCUGGGUGUCGUGGAGCUCUCGAAGCCGCCCCUCUGCCACAGGAACAGCAAUGGCCUCUGACACCCCGGGCGGGGCGGGUCCUGGCCCCGACGGGGCCUUGAGGAAGUCCACACCGGGCGUCUCCAGCCCUUGGAGGGGAGCCUUCCGGAGGAGGACGAGGAGCAGAGGGUGGCCCACCCCUUUCCGGGGUUCUCCCGCCGCUGGGGAGACCCCGGACGGACGCUGAGACACUCCUAAUAGGAGUCGUGACCUUGCUCAGGCCUGGGGCCGCCUCCCCCCUCUGCAGAGCGCCGCCCGCGCCGUCCCACUGUCCACACGCAAAACUACUGAAGAAGAGGAAGUUUUCUCUUUGCUACACACUCAUUUUGGUACCUACGAACCCUGAACUCGAGGCGACUCCUACUUAUCACUUGGAUUCUUACGUCCGAUAUCAAACAUACCUUCGACUCGCCAAGAGGGAACGUAACUGCCCGCAGUGUCGGGCCAUCGGUCGUCCCGGUGCGGCCACGUUUCACCCAUGAACAGUCACUGCCGGUUCCGUGUGUCUUUGCCGCGAGCUGCUGGGGGUGGGGGCCGGCCGGGGCUUCCUCUGUGCGCGUCAGAGCCCCCGUCGUGGCCUGGGGCUGAAAGCCGAAGGCGGUCCCUGCACAGGCGGCACUGGGGCCCCCGCAGGUGCGGGUCUGCCUCGGCCGGGGGCCCGCAGUCCGAGGGGAGCAGAGGGAGCGCGCCCGCAGAGCCCCCGGGGGCCCCUCAGCACCGAGGGCGCUCCGAGGUAGACCAUCGGGAACGUUUACAGCGACUCUGGGGGAGGGAGAGGCAGGCGGGUGUUAAAUUCAGGGCAAUAACGACUGUCAGAAAUCGCGUUCGGGGCUGAGGCUGCGGGGUGUCCCCUCUCAGGCCGUGGUGUGACACGGUAGUUCUGGAUCCCUCUGCCCGACCCCAGAAAACAUAUCAGCGACGGAUGUGCAAGGGAAGGAGACUGUCUCACCUCUUAGUAUAAUUUAAAAUGAAGUUUCUUGAAAAAAGAAUGAAUGUGUCAAAAUGGGUCAGCUGUGUAUGUGGACUUUACGUUGUCAUCUACCUGUCGUCAGUGACUAACCCUUCACUCCGGGCGGGUGUGCGGUGACCGUGACGUGGGAGCGUGAAGAUGGUCCCCCGAUCUCAGCAGCGGCCUCUCCCCGGCGAGUGCCCUGCCCCCCUCCCGCCCCGGGAAUGCUGGCGGAUGAGAGCAGGGAGUUUCCCCCAACACCUUCCGUGUCGUCAGACGAAAAGGUCAUGAUCAUGAUGACUUUGAAAGUCCACCUGCUUGUCCUGCUCGUAGUGCAGUCGCAUGUACGUUGCCAGGUCAACCACUAACAAACAGUACACGUGACUCGCCCCCCAGUCGUCCUGUCCGUGGUAUUCUUGGCGGCUCCCCAUCUCCAUGCACUUCCCUGCCAUGUUCCCUGGGACAGAGAGCGCUGUGUGAAGGAAAGUCUGUUUUCAGAGUUGGGAAGAUGAUUACCGAAAGUGUCUUUUAUUUUUCAUGGGAGUUACUUUGGAAAAGAAAUUUGGAGGGUCACCGUCCAUCUCAACUGUUCACUGGAGUUUAAACGGACACACUGCCGUCUGCCGUCUGCUGUUUCCAGCACAGGGGGCGGGGUGUGGCCUGCAGUCCUGGUUCGGAAAGGGAAGAACCGUCAUUAAGUUCUGGGUUUUUUUUUUUAAAAAAAAGGCCGAAAAGCCCACCGAGACAGAAGAGCGGUUUGUAAAGAGGGAGGGUGCCCCGGCUUGUUGCCACCCCCGCCACGGCAGACACACACGAGCAUGCAGAAUCGAGGGGUCUCCCAGCUGCUCUGCAGAAGGCACCUGGGCCCCUCAGGGUCUGGGCGUGGUGCCCCACAUUGCCUGGCCGGGGUAUUAGCCUCACCAACUCGCUUCUCUGUAGAAGGUACAAUUUUUGCUCUGGCAUGGAAGGGAAGGUGAAUCUCUUAGAAAUUUAGAAAUGGCUCGUUAGAAAUAGGAACUGGAAUCAGAUGGCCCAGGAACCCUUACGCCCUGACUUACCCCAAGUAAGCUUUUCCGUUCCCCCAGCUCACACCUGGUAUGCAACAGUGUGGCUGAGAAGGAUGUUACCUGCAUGGGGGGAGGUUAUGACGGUGCUCCGUGCCGGGGGGUGGAGGUGGGGUGGCAGCUCGCUUGGGCAGGUCUCUGGGAUGUGGGGCUCCAGUUUGGCAGUCCUGCGGGGGCCGGUCUGGUGCCCGAGGCCUUGGCCCUUCUGGCGGGGGAAAUGUCCCUGCUACCAGACGGGAGACACCCCUGGGCACCUGUGGGUCGGUCAGCACCCGGUGCCAGCGCUGCCAAAGGCCAUCGAUGUGGAAGUCCGGGUGUACGUGGCUGUUUCAGGCGGUAUUAAGUGUCAUUCCCAGAUGUUUGACCCUUACUGUGUUUGGGCCAUUAAAAAAAGAAAAAAUUCUGCACAAGUUGUCUCGUUAUUUUAGAGAUAUAUAUACGAGUAUGUUUAAAUGGUUGGGGUACUUAACCGCUGUCAAAGAAGAUGAUUGAAUUGAUAUUAUUUUUAUACAGUUAUGUUAUAAUAAGUAUUUAAUAAUUCAGAGGAAUCAAAGUAAAAUCUAAAAAUAGGUUGCUUAAGCUGCUAUACAAUAUAUAUGGAGAAAAUUUAAAACUUUCAUGAAUCUGAGGUCAUUUUUUUUUUUAACCUAAAACACUCUCUUCGGUGCAUUUAUCCCUCCCAUCAUGAUUUUUUCUUUUAUAUGAUAUUUAAAGAUGAUGUUUCAGCAAAACUUGUAGGAAUCAGCUCUUAUGUCACUGCUGCCUCGGAUGUUCCUUCCCUCGUGCCUCUGAUUGGUCGGUUCACUGAAGUUGCUGCUUGGAUUCUGUGUCUGAAAAGGAAGGGCCGGAGGUCAAGGUGCACGGAGGAGGGGAAGCUCGGACGGUGCACCAGGCCCAGGAAGACUGCAACAGCAAACGGCGACGUGCUUUAAGCAAGGUUUACUCUGCUUUGCAGUUGGACAUACAUCGUAAAAUAUCAGAAGCAGUUGUUUUAAGGCCCUCAAUGACCAUUAAAAAAAUAUCAUUUACCAAUUAACAGUAUGAUUCAACUAGAUUAAAAAGGCCAAAGUGUGCUUUGUCUGGUAAUGAUUUUUUAUUUCAUUCAGGAUUAUAGUUGGACCAAUUCAAGACACUGGAUUUGUCAGUGGAAUUGAUUUUCCUGAUGUUUCAAAAUGUUAACCUAGAGAGAAAUAAAAGCAAAAUUCUCAAAGCUGGAUUUUUUUGGAUUGAUGUAAGUCUGUAAAAAAACAAACAAACUUGGAAGUGUGUUGGUUUAAGUUCAUACUUACCUUGUGCAGUUUAAUCAUAUGUGAUUUUUUUUUCGUCGUCAUGUUGAGGGACGUGCUUCGGUGUCAUUCAGAGAUGCUUGACGAAUUAACUGCUCCCCAUCGGGCGACAGACCUGUCGUUUCUACCCAGACAGGAGUUGGGCGUCCCUGGGGUCUGUGCCAGGUGGCGGCUGGAGGGGGGUGGACUGGGUGUCACAGGGAGAGCAGUGGGAGAAAUGGGGAAAAAAUCAUUCCUUUGCCACCAUCAAGCACACUGAUUACAGAGAAGUCGGCUAGUGAUUAUUUUGAAACUUGGUCCCUUUAUUUUUGAACGUGGAGCUGCCUAAGUUCUGAAGAAGCCCUUUGCUGUCUCCACGAGAACCUUCUGUUGAAACUAAGUUGCUGCCACGUGUCAUUGAGCAUCUUCAGGAAGGCUCAGGGGCCCCGGAGCUAAAGCCCCGUCUCAGUGUGUGUGUGUGUGCCUUGCGGCCGUAGGGAGGACCACGGCAUCUGGGUGGCUGUGGGUGCUGGGUGCAUUCCCCCGUCGGUCAGUUUCGGACAUGACUGCAGACCCAUUGAAACUGCAGUAGAACCCCCAGAAAAACAGGACUGAGCCUGCUGCUGAAGCUGUACCCAUUUCUAGAGUGAGCUCGGAUGGUUCGAGUUUUCAAGACUCUAAUUUCUAAAGCUGUAACAUGGUAAGGUUGACUUCAGAGGCUGGAAUUAACUUAGAUUCAUGUUAAUGUAAUUUUUU